UGAGGAUUUGACUGACGACGGUCAUCUCAGGAUACUUUCACAGCUUACGCAUCUUGUCGCUCGUCCACCACCCAUCACACGUUCUAUCUUGUCCCUUACCUGUAAGACUCCAGCUCUCCAUAGCGCUGGCCACUGCAAGUGCUGCUCACUUAUACGCGUACCAUAGUAAACAUGCUUCCCGAGGAAGCCGAUAUCGAUCCCAUGUUCUGGGGGUACUGCGUGGGCGGGUUUGUUGUUAGCAUCGAUGUCGCCGAGGCGUUCGCCCGCCGCAGCGAUAUUGGGGUCCUCGAGCUCAUCGAUCGUUUCCGCAACGCCAAGAAGGAAGAUUACGAUAGGCAAGGUUGGUGGAAGCUUUCCGAGAGCCCGAUCAAUGCCUCGAAACGGAUCAAUAACUGGCUAUUGGACCGCCAUCCGGACGACUUUGCAUCGCUCCCAUUCCCGGGCGUGCAGGUUGUCUUCUUUUACUGGAGGCAAGAAGAGCGCGAGAAGUGGAACGCGCGACAGAAGGACCUUGGCAGCCCGCCGAAGCUCGCAGAUGGCUGGUACCUGCUCUUCAAGUGUCGAGACGCGUACACGCUGGAUGAGCUCGUGCGCGUACGUUCUGUUGACUCCGUCGAGGAGACCGAGAAGCGCAAGUUCCGGGAAUAUCUGCUUAACGAUCUGCAGGUCCUAGGCUCGGAGACCAAGGCUGAGGGUCGGGAACAGGCCCUGCCUUGGAUCUCCCUGUUCGACUACAGCGGGUUAUGCUUCGUAUGGUUCAGGCCCGGCGGCCGGAGGGAUAAGGACAUCAGACACAUUGUUGAUCCAGAGGAAAAGCAGGCUUAUUUCAAGAAAUUUUUCGAAACGCAGCGUCGACAAGUUGAUGCGAUAAUGGCAGAGAGGGCAGGAUAAUUGUGCGGACAUACCAAGCCACCCAUGAGUACUCUCAGCCCUCUAGUGAGAGCGGCCUGCCUGCCUCAGUCACUACUACUACAUCUAUACUAUUAUAUUCAUGUCCGUUAUUGCAUGCCCAUGGCGCUUACGUGGCCACUACAGACCAGCUACACCUUGCAUUUUA